UCACUUGACAACAUUUUAAAUCGAGGGAAAAAGAAAAUUCUACCUUGACUCCGGAAGUGUAAACAUUUCGACUCUGUUUUUGAACGUAGUAAAACAACAGCUGUUAAAGUGACUCCAGCUCGGUUCUGUUGAUCAUGGCUGUGGACUGGCUCGGUUUCGGUUACGCUGUUCUGGUGACAGCAGGAGGAAUCGCUGGUUAUUACAAAGCAGGCAGCACUUCCUCUCUGGCUGCUGGUCUCCUCUUUGGCCUGUUGGCUGCCGUCGGUGCUCAUCUGUCCACUCACAAUCCAAAGAAUAUCUGGCUGUCACUUGGCACCUCAGGAACACUGACGGUGGUGAUGGGACUGAGGUUCGUCAACUCUUGGAAGUUCAUGCCAGCUGGUUUAAUGACUUUAGUCAGUGGACUCAUGGUGCUGAAGAUCAUAAUUGGGAGGAUGAACAGACCACACCUGUCUUGAUACUUAAAUAUAUAUUUUAUUAUGUAAAACACCUCCCAUAUAAAAGUAUCUGCAUCACACUACUGUGACAAUCAAUGGUUUUAGCAGGGAAAGAACGACAUCAAUUAUAUU